AUGUCUUCUGAAAGCCACAGCCGAACCCAAGACCACAAAGCUGAAGAUAAGGCCACUGCCAACAAUGGCAAGAGCAUCCAGCCUGAAGCUACAUAUCCCUCGGGUCUCAGGCUUGCGAUGCUUAUAAUUUCUAUCUUGAUUGGCAUGUUCCUCGUGUCUUUGGACCGCAUGAUCAUUUCAACAGCGAUACCCCAGAUUACCAACGAAUUCGACUCAGCAGGCGAUAUUGGCUGGUACGGAACGGCAUAUUCGCUGACCAACUGUGCGUUCCAGCUGAUGUUUGGCAAGCUGUAUCCUUCUUUCAAUAUCAAGGCUAUAUUCAUGUCGUCCAUAAUACUGUUCGAGGCAGGUUCGGCGCUGUGCGGUGCCGCUCCAAGCUCUGUUGCUUUUAUCCUAGGCAGAUCAAUUGCCGGAAUAGGAGCUGGUGGCAUUCUAUCUGGUGCCAUGGUCAUCAUUACCUAUGCCGUUCCGCUCCAUAAGCGUCCUAAGUACCAGGGCUUCUUUGGGGCUGUGUUUGGGGUCGCGUCAGUGUCAGGUCCGUUGAUUGGUGGCGCCUUUACUACCGACGCCACAUGGAGGUGGUGUUUCUACAUCAACCUUCCUCUUGGUGGGGUGGUCUUGGUUGUCGUCUUCUUCCUAUUGCAUAUCCCUGCACAGCCGGCCACGAACACACCACUGCAAGAGAAGCUGCGGCAGUUGAAUCUUUCAGGAAUGGUAGCGCUUAUUCCCGGCGUUGUCUGUCUAUGCCUGGCCCUGCAGUGGGCCGGUACCACAUAUAACUGGAGCAAUGGGAGGAUCAUCGCACUGCUUGUGCUCGCGUUCAUCCUUCUUAUUGCCUUCGUGGUAAUCCAAAUCUGGAAGCCAGAGCAGGCUACAUUACCACCUAAAAUACUUUUCCAGCGUAGUAUUGCAAGUGGCUUCUGGGUGAGCUGCUGCCAAGGCGCACAUACGAUGAUCAUCAUAUACUAUUUCCCCAUAUGGCUCCAAGCUAUUGAAGGCGUCUCAGCAGUCAGUAGCGGUAUCCAUCUCCUUCCAACGAUAAUACCCCUCGUCAUAGCAUCGAUUGUGACCGGACAACUCAUUUCUCGCAUCGGAUACUACACGCCUUUCUUAAUCUUUGGUGUUUGCCUUACAUCAAUCGGUGCUGGCCUGCUGACCACCUUGGAUGUCAACACCUCAGAAGCAAAAUGGAUCGGUUUUCAAAUUCUUUACGGCUACGGCCUUGGUUCAUCAACUCAGAUAAAUAAUAUGGCCGCGCAAACUGUGUUGUCCCGGAAGGACGUCGCUAUCGGAGCGUCGCUUAUGUUUUUCGGUCAGCAGCUCUUCGGAGCUAUUUUCACGUCUGUGGGUGCGAAUGUUCUUUCCAAUCAGCUGGCUAAGCGACUUGGUCAUAUUCCGGGUGUCGAUGUAACUCCGCGGGUAAUUCAGAGUACGGGUGCGACGGAGGUGUUAAGCCUUGUUCCUGAGGCGUAUCGGGAUGAUGCAUUGAGGGCUUAUAAUGAUUCUCUGCGCGUGUGCUUUCAGGUGGGACUUAUCAUGGCUUGCCUUGCUAUCAUUGGUGCACUUGGUAUGGAAUGGCGCAGUGUGAAGCAGAACAAGCCUGAUGUUGAGCGGAAGGAUGCGCGAGACAGCGAGCAGGGUGCUUCCGCGAAGAUGGAGGGUGAUAGUGAGAUCGAGAAGAAGGCUGAAAGCACGUGA